AAAUAGAUGAGUUUAUUUGUGAGUUGCUUUAUGGUUGUAUCAGAAGAAUGGAAAAGAGUAUCAUUGACAUUCCAGCUAGUUGGAAUUGUGAAACAGGUGCAGCCGCUUUUCUCAGUACUGUUAGCUUCUGCUUUGGAGCUUGUCACGACAUGCCCAUGCUUGGGAGCUGCUGGUUGCCCUAACUGUGUUCAAAAUUUAUCGUGCCACGAAUACAAUGAAGUUCUAGACAAAAAUGCAGCCAUUAUGAUUCUUCAGGUCGUUAUAGAGGCUGAGGACUCCUACUUUCAAAGGUGGCCAGAUUCCUCGAAGAGACCUAAUACAGAACAUCAGCAAACUCUUUGAUAUACUUGAUACAGUCUGCAACAUCCCAUCACCAAGUUCUCAUUACUACGUUGUAUUGCAACAACAAUAAGAAAAUCAGAAACUGUCACCACCAGUUGGAAAUAU